AUGGUUCUUGCUUCAACCAUAGGACUAAAUUUGGCCGUCAAAAGUUUCAUAUAUCUUGAACGUGUCCCAUUAGGACAAGACAAAGGUGCUGGAUUGAAUUCUGGAGAUGAGACAUGCAAGCCUCCUGUUACACACAAAAAAAUGGCUUUAUUCUUUAGAAAUCUAAAAAAGCAAGUUCUUGGAAAUACCAAACUGUUGGAAAUGGAACUACGUUGUACUGAAUUACGUUUAAGAAAUUUGAUUACGUUACCAGAUUCCAAGGGUUUUCAUCAUUCAGUGAAAGAUAGAGUUGACUAUCGAAGAGAAAUCUACUGCUCGAGAGAUGAAUUUGCUAGCGGUCAGUCUCUUCGAUUGGAUCUCAUUGACAUGGAUAGUGUACACAUGCAUUUCAACGUGUUGCGUUGUGGGAAAACCGGUCGGACCAGUGCAAGCUCUGAUCCCUGUAGACACAAGUUUGCGCUCAUAUCGGGUGCUGGAGUUCUGGAUACGACUCGCAGUGGCGACACUAGAGUCGUCCAAGUCGUUUCGUCGCGUCUGAGAAAGACAGUCGCGACGGCAAACGCGUCCAAAUCUCUAAUUACCUUAGAAAAUCUUUUUCAGCAAAGCGGUACGCCACACAAGUCUAAACAUGUAUAUCACUAUCAAACAUACUCGGGCCACUACCUAACAGUCGAUACAGAUGGAAAUCUACAAACAACGGCAUCGGUUGGCGAAUCGGUUACAAUCUUACAGCACAGAGUUGAAGGUUUACCAAACGAUUACACAAUAUUAUUAUGCGCUUGGUCCGAAAAUCAGAGACAAAGUUAUCUUCUCUAUAUUGACGGUUCUAUACGCACAAAGAAACUUCAAAUAGCAACGGCUUGUCAGGCGUCGUCAAACUUUGUGAAAGCUCUGAGUAACGACGUCAUUCUAAAGAGCGUCGACCUCGUUCACAAUGAAGUCUACCAUUUCUAUAGGGUUUUUGUCACAUUUCACGAUGACGUCAGCAGACACUAUUCCUGUCGUUAUUUGAGUCGAGAGCUGAAGACGGUUUGCUGUGUUGACAGUUGUCCGAGCGAUUAGAUACAAAAGAGUCAUAUCGACAAGACAUCAUGUGUAUGUGUAGAUAUUUUACAAUUUUUUAAACUUUUAAAUUUAAAACAAAUUUUACCUUUAAUGAUGUUUUUUUG